UGUUUGUAAACACCUGGUGGUCUGACUGUGAACUAACAGUGAAGAAUGUGAGAGUGAGUGACUCUGGAGUUUAUAACUUUAGAAUUAAAACACAAAGCAGCUGGAUAUCAGCCUCAUCUGGAGUUCAACUGACUGUUACAGGUAACACACACACACACACAGGUUUAUUGUUCCAUAUGUGGAGUAAAUAUUUACACGAUUUAUUUAGUGUGAAUCGUGUGUAGACUUGCAGGUUAAUGUGGAUUCUACACUUUGGAACAGAAAAAAGUGCAAGUGACCUGUAGCUCCACCUGCAGACUCAACAAACAUGGUCUCUCCUGGUACAGAAAUGACCAUUACAUCACAUAUGCCAGUGGCGCUUCCAUUGUAUCAGUCAAUCUUAUGAAGGCAGCUACUCCUGUGAGGUGUACACUGACCAGGCAUAACAUCACCAGGCAUAUGACCACCUGCCUAAUAUUGUGUUGUUGUCCCCCUUUUGCUGCACUGACCCGUCAUGCACUGUGCAUUCUGACACCUUUCUGUCAGAACCAGCAUUAACUUCUUCAUCAAUCUGAGCAACAGUAGCUCGUCUGUUGGAUCGGAUCACACGGGCCGGCCUUCGCUCCCCAUGUGAAUCAGUGAGCCCUGACCGCCCAUGACCCUGUCGCCGGUUCACCACUGUUCCUUCCUUGGACCAAUUUUGAUAGAUACUGACCACUGCAGACCGGGAACACCCCACAAGAACUGCAGUUUUGGAGAUGCUCUGAUCCAGUGGUCUAGCCAUCACAAUUUGACCCUUCAUCAAAGUCCCUCAAAUCCUUACGCUUGUCCAUUUUUCCUGAUUAUAACACAUCAACUUUGAGGACAAACUGUUCACUUGCUGCCUAAUAUAUCCCACACACUAACAGGUGCCAUGAUGAGGAGAUCAUCAGUCUUAUUCAGUUCACUGGUCAGUGGUCAUAAUGUUAUGCCUGAUUGGUGUAUGAGAGUACAUUAAAUUAAAUCUGUCUCUCAGCAUUCAGUCUCUGCUGAUAGUUUAGCAGUGUACAUUUAAAGUUCUGAACAUAGACAAAUAAUUAUAUUUGUUAAAAUUAAGGUCUAUGUCAAAGGCACUAUGCAAUUGAACUGAAUUGAAUUGAAUAGCGUAUACAGACGAACAGCAUUCAUCAGGAGUCAGCUGACUGUUUAAGCUGCUAGACACAAAUAAUGUUAAAUCAGUCAUAGAUUUUUUUGUUCUAACUUAUUUUAUGUAUUUCAUAUUUAUAUAUUUUAUGUAUUAUGUAGGUGUUUUUGAUAAGAGCUGCUGGAGUGUGACUUACUCCACCCAGACUAUCUGCUCUCUGAUUGGCUCAUCAGUGGACAUACACAGUUAUUACACCUUUCCUAAUAAUUACCAGGUCACAAAAGUAGUGUGGUUCAUUAAUGAACUUGAGGAUGUGAGAGAGGAUGUAGAGUAUCAGGGUCGAGUGCAGUACACAAACAGCUCCCAGAAUAACUGUAGUCUGAGAAUCACUGACCUGAGAGAGAGAGACGCUCAAACAUACAGGUUCAGAUUCCACACUGAUCGAGUCACACACACUGGGGAAUCAGGUGUCACUCUGUCUGUCACAGGCCUGAAGGUUACAGUAUCAGGCCAGUACAACUGGAAGAAGCUGAGCUGUGCCACCACCUGCAAUCUUUCUAACAAACCCAUUUAUAUCUGGUACAAGAAUGGACAGCGUGUUAGUGAACAGUACAUAAAUGAACUGGAUGUCAGUAGUUGGGAAGCAGGCAGCUACUCCUGUGCUGUAAAAGGACAUGAGGAGCUUCGCUCUCCUGCUGUCUGUGUUUUUGAUAAGAGCUGCUGGAGUGUGACUUACUCCACCCAGACUAUCUGCUCUCUGAUUGGCUCAUCAGUAGACAUACACAGUUAUUACACCUUUCCUAAUAAUUACCAGGUCACAAAAGUAGAGUGGUUCAUUAAUGAACUUGAGGAUGUGAGAGAGGAUGUAGAGUAUCAGGAUCGAGUGCAGUACACAAACAGCUCCCAGAAUGACUGUAGUCUGAGAAUCACUGACCUGAGAGAGAGAGACGCUCAAACAUACAGGUUCAGAUUCCACACUGAUCGAGUCACACACACUGGUGAAUCAGGUGUCACUCUGUCUGUCACAGGCCUGAAGGUUACAGUAUCAGGCCAGUACAACUGGAAGAAGCUGAGCUGUGCCACCACCUGCAGUCUUUCUAACAAACCCAUUUAUAUCUGGUACAAGAAUGGACAGCGUGUUAGUGAACAGUACAUAAAUGAACUGGGUGUCAGUAGUUGGGAAGCAGGCAGCUACUCCUGUGCUGUAAAAGGACAUGAGGAGCUUCGCUCUCCUGCUGUCUGUGUUUUUGAUAAGAGCUGCUGGAGUGUGACUUACUCCACCCAGACUAUCUGCUCUCUGAUUGGCUCAUCAGUAGACAUACACAGUUAUUACACCUUUCCUAAUAAUUACCAGGUCACAAAAGUAGAGUGGUUCAUUAAUGAACUUGAGGAUGUGAGAGAGGAUGAAGAGUAUCAGGGUCGAGUGCAGUACACAAACAGCUCCCAGAAUGACUGUAGUCUGAGAAUCACUGACCUGAGAGAGAGAGACGCUCAAACAUACAGGUUCAGAUUCCACACUGAUCGAGUCACACACACUGGGGAAUCAGGUGUCACUCUGUCUGUCACAGGCCUGAAGGUUACAGUAUCAGGCCAGUACAACUGGAAGAAGCUGAGCUGUGCCACCACCUGCAGUCUUUCUAACAAAACCCAUUUAUAUCUGGUACAAGAAUGGACAGCGUGUUAGUGAACAGUACAUAAAUGAACUGGAUGUCAGUAGUUGGGAAGCAGGCAGCUACUCCUGUGCUGUAAAAGGACAUGAGGAGCUUCGCUCUCCUGCUGUCUGUGUUUUUGAUAAGAGCUGCUGGAGUGUGACUUACUCCACCCAGACUGUCUGCUCUCUGAUUGGCUCAUCAGUGGACAUACACAGUUAUUACACCUUUCCUAAUAAUUACCAGGUCACAAAAGUAGUGUGGUUCAU